UUGAUCAGAAACCGGAUCACUUGUGCAGUGCAGGAGCCGCGGUAAGUGUACUGAAGUAUUGCAGUGAGUAUUCUGCAGUUAUUGCGUUAUCUCCAGCUGUCAUUACACGGCUGUUUGUCAGGACGAUAGUACAUGCAGGUAGUUACCAAAUUUUGCAAAAUGGACUCUGGUUCAGUGGCAAACAACUACUUUGCCCUUCAGCUGUUCAGCAAGAUCAAGGAAGGCAACAAAUCCAACAAUGUCUUCUACUCUCCUCUCAGCAUCUCUUCUGCCUUGGCCAUGGUGUCUCUAGGAGCUGCAGGCAACACAGCAGCUCAGAUGGCUGAGGUCUUGUGCUUCAACAAACCCAAACCAGUGAACCCUAAGUCUGUUCAACCAGUUGCAGUCCAACAGACACAACAGACUCAGAAGUUACCAACGGCUUUACCAAAGACUCUGCAACACCACAAAGCCAAGGACGACAUCCACGUCAGCUUCAACAAGCUUAUGCGUGAACUGACCAAAGCAGGGGCUCCGUAUGCCCUCAGCCUGGCCAAUAGGCUUUAUGGAGAGCAGACCUACCAAUAUGUGGAGAAAUUUUUGAGUGACACAAAAAAACACUACAAUGCUGAUCUGGAAACUGUUGACUUUAAAUCAAAUGCAGAAGCUGCACGUGUCAAUAUUAAUAAGUGGGUGGAGAAGCAAACAAAAGAAAAGAUCCAGAACUUGCUGGCAAAAGGAACUGUUGACAGUUUGACCAGACUUGUCUUGGUGAAUGCCAUCUACUUCAAGGGCAGCUGGGAGAAGCGGUUUAAGGCAGAAGCAACAAAGGAACAUCCUUUCAAGCUGAACAAGAAAGAAACUAAACCAGUGCAGAUGAUGACUCAGAAGUCAAAGUUUCCCAUGGCCUUUAUUCCUGAGGUGCAGUGCAAGAUUCUUGAAAUGCCAUAUAUAGGCAACGAGCUCAGCAUGCUAAUUAUGCUGCCUGUUGAGAUUGAAGAUGAUACUACCGGCCUUAAGAAGCUUGAGCAACAGCUCACCUAUGAGAACUUCAAGGAGUGGACACGGCCCGAUAUGAUGGUCAUUGAGGAGGUGGAGGUGUCUUUGCCGCGGUUCAAACUGAGUGAAACCUACGACAUGAAGGAGCUGCUCAAGAGCAUGGGCAUGGUAGAUGCCUUUGACAUGGGCAAGGGUGAUUUUUCACGCAUGUCUCCUUGCAAUGAUCUGGUGCUCUCCAAGGUGUUGCAUAAGUCUUAUGUAGAGGUGAAUGAGGAAGGCACUGAAGCAGCCGCGGCUACCGGGGCCGUCAUGAUGACGCGUUGUCUCAGGCUUCCAAAGGCUUUUGUGGCAGACCACCCCUUCCUCUUUUUCAUUCAACACAAACCAACCGGAAGCAUUCUCUUUUGUGGACGCUUCAGCUCCCCUUAAAUUGCGAUGCACUGAAGUGCAGCUGUAACUCUAUGCAGUCAUUUGAUGUCAUAGAUAAAUAAGUGUGUACUGACUGAACAUGUUUAGAUAAUGACAAUAUACAAAAAUAUCAAUUGACAUAUUUCCAAGAAAGCUCUUUGGCAAAUGUUACCUACAUGAAAUAAACAUGUUAUUGACAUCACA